GGGCGGGGCGGCCGGUGAGCGCCCAACAGGCUUCAGUUGCUCGGGGAGUCGCUGCUCGCGCCAAGCGGAGACUCCGAAGUUGCAAGUUGGGCGAGUUCAGCCACCAAGUUCCGCGGAGGCAGCCCGGUCUCGCCGGCACCUCCUCCCUCCCUCCCGGCAGCGGCUGAACCCUGCGCGGGGAGGCGCUCUCGGCGGGGCGGCUCAGCUCCCUGCGGGCCGAACUCGCGGGGGCGGCGCCGUCUGCUGGGGCGCGGCGGGCAGGAGCCGCGAUCCCGCCCAGGUGGGCCGGCGGGCGCAACCGGGGACUGUCCGGGCAGAAAGCGAGGGGCCGCCCAGAGGCCAAGUCCUUGCGGAGGCCGGGCGAGAGCGCUGCGGGGGCGGCAGGAGCGCCCGGCGACCGGACCAUGUUCCAGCGGCACCACCGCAGCAGGGCGACGGUGGCGCGCGGCUCCGCGCUAGAGAUGGAGAUCCGGCGGGGCCGCUUCCGCCUCAGCCUCCUGGCCGAGCCCGAGCAGGGCACAGACCUCCAGAAGAGAAUUGACCACGAGAUCCGCAUGCGGGAGGGGGCCUGCAAGCUCUUGGCGGCAUGCACUCAGCGGCCGCAGACGCUGGAGGUGACCAAGAGCCUCCUGGUCUGCAACAGCCGCAUCCUGGCCUACAUGGCGGAGUUGCAGCGCAUGAAGGAGGCGCAGGUGAUGCAGCACAUGGCUCGGCGUCCUUCUGAGGCUGGAUCCACGGACGGUCGCUUACCAUGUCGGGGCCGAGUCUGUGUCUCGGAUCUCCGGAUCCCCCUGAUGUGGAAGGACACGGAAUACUUCAAGAACAAGGGGGAUUUGCAUCGAUGCGCGGUGUUCUGCCUGCUGCAAAUCGGCACAGAAAUCUAUGACACGGAGAUGGUGCUGGUGGACAGGACACUGGCUGACAUCUGCUUUGAGACCUCGGUGCUCUUCACCGAGGCUGCUCCAGGCUUUGAGCUGAAAAUUGAGCUGUACAGUGCCGCCCUUGAGGAGGACUCGGCCCUUGGCGCCACCCCCAAGAAGCUCGCCAGCCGCCUGAGCAGCUCCCUGGGGCGCUCCUCGGGGAAGCAGAUGCGGGCUGCCCUGGACGGGAGCAGCUCAGGCAGCAACGGGGGGUGCAGUCCGCUCUUGCUACCCCCAGCCCCCAGCACAGCGGGGCCCAAGUAUCAACUGCUGGCCUGUGCCCACCUUGGCCUUCCGCAAGUCCAGGACGCCUUUCGCACCCAUGACCUGCUCAUCACUGGCAACGAGGAGAGCUCCUUCUGGCUGCCCCUCUACGGCAGCCUCUGCUGUCGCGUGGUGGCCCAGCCCAGCUGCAUGGUGGAGCAGGUGAUGGCGGGCUUCCUGAAAGUGCAGCAGGGGGAGCAGCCGGACUGGCCGAGGCUUUUCUGCGUCCUGCGUGGCACCAACCUUCUCUGCUACCGGCGCCCCCAGGAUGCGGAGGGCCAGGAAGAGGCUGCCUUCACCAUUGCCAUCAACAAGGAGACGCGCAUCCGGGCCAGCGAGAAGAGCCCCAGGGGCCCCGUCCGCUGCAUGUCAGUCACCAACCACUACGGAGGUGAGGAAGUGACCCACACGCUGCAGGCAGAGUCCCCCGCGGAGGCCCAGCGCUGGAUGGAAGUCUUCUGGCAGCACUUCUACGACAUGAGCCAAUGGAAGCACUGCUGCGAUGAAGUGAUGACGGUGGAGGUGCCACCUCCGCGCCGGCCUCCGACGCUGCUGCCCAAGCAGGGAUCCCUGUACCACGAGAUGGCUAUUGAGCCGGCCGAUGACAUUGAGGUGGUGACCGAGAUCCUGGCUCGGCGGGUCUCCGACCUGGGUGAGCCCGUGUGGCUCUCUCUCUUUGAGGACUCCUCGCCUGGCAUCGCUUCCAGCUGCAGCUCCACCACCGGCCCCACGCAGCCCCCCUGGGGCCGGCCUCGCACUCUCUCGCUGGACGCCAAGCUCAGCAGGCUGAAGGGGCGUGCAGGGCGCCCACCGCCUUCCCCUUCGCCCAAGGCCCGUGGCCCCUCCUGCUCCAGCUCAGGCUCCUCCAGCAGCCGCAGCUCGACUCCGGACUCGGAGCGGACCCUGCAGGCCCCGGCCCGGCCCUGGUUCAACCCUCGCCUGUGGCUGCAGUCCCAGGUCUGAGGCUGCCAAGAAUGGAGGGUCUGCAUUGUUCUUUGCUUUGCCAAGGCCGCCCUCCCCACCCCUGACCCCAGUGGGGGGCCGGCCUGGCUAGAGAAGCAGCUGGCUACAGAGUGGUGGGGAGGCAAAGCCCCCCAGCCAGACCACUCCCUUUGCAGGAGAAAAGCCCCUUGCUUUCCCCUGUAAGGAAACUGGAAGGUUUGCUGUUGAAAGAGAAGGGAGGCCGAGCUCUUUCCUUGCCAGGGGCCAAGGGUCCCCAUUUGCCUUGACCCCCCCCCCUCCUCAGGCGGCAGGGAUUUGCAUGGAGGAGGAAGCGGGAGGGCGGCAGCCUCCCUUCCUGUGGAUAUGCAUUAAAGUGUGUUGACUUGCC